UAUAAACUGGUUUGACAAUGUUGCUCGAAAUAGAAAAGAAAGACCAAUAGAAAAGGGGUAAAAAGGGAAAUUGGAAAUGGAAUAUCCCGCUUGCUUUCCGAACGUUGCAAGGGAGCCCUUCUUACGUUUUAAAUUCCCGCACCCCGUCUUCUUCUUUUCCCCCUUCCUUCCACAGAGAAAUAGCCGUUGCUCUCAUCUUCAACUCCUCCAACGGCCGCCGGCUCUGACUACUUCCGUCCACUCUUCCCCGUCACCGGAUCCCAUGGCAGCUUCUUCCUCUUCUCCACUAUUCAGCCCAUCUUCCGACAAGCGCUUCUGGAACACUCUCAACGGCCAUGUCGAUUCCAUCCUUGAAGGCCGCCGUCGCCGAUCUGAAAACACUUCACAGGAUGAUGGCAGCGAAGUGGAAUCCAAGAAGACCGGCAGGUCGAAGCGGAUGAAGGAGGAUGCUCUGCUUCUGAUGAGAGGAUUUGAUUCCAUCUCUCACACCCUCUCCGCCCUCUCCAACAACAUCGACAACGCUCUUCAAGGAGCUAGAUCUCUGGCUGAGCCCCCGACAUUGACCGAACUACUCCAAGCAAAUAAUACCAAAAACUCCGAAACCCAACAGGACGACUCUCGCGAAUGCUCCAAAGGGAAAGAAGAAGAGAAAGAGGGAAUCACAGGUCUCAAGAGGAAGUUGGAAACAGAGGAUGAUCAUAUCUCGGUUGGGGAAGGAAUCAAUGAUGGCGGCCCAAAGGCAAAUACCAGUAAUAAGUUGCAGAAAGCCAAAAACCUAGCUGUUUCCAUGGCUAAGAAGGCAGGAGCAAUGGCCAGGGAGCUUAAAUCAAUAAAAUCCGACAUGUACUUUGUGCAAGAGAGGUGUGCUCUGCUGGAGGAGGAGAAUAGAAGGCUUCGAGAUGGCUUCCCUUCUGGGAUUCGGCCAGAGGAAGACGACCUUAUGAGGCUGCAAAUGGAGGCGCUGCUAGCUGAGAAGUCAAGGCUGGCGAACGAGAAUGCUAAUCUGACCAGGGAAAACCAGUGCCUCAACCAGCUUGUGGAGUACCACCAACUCACAAAUCAAGAUCUCUCUGCGUCAUACGAGCAACUCGUUCGAGGGAUGGGGCUCGAUUUCUCUUCUCCAGAUUGCUCACAAGAAGACGAUGACAACAGAAACAAUGUAGAUGAUGAAGCUGGAUGCCCGGCACCGCGAUCUAACAUCUUGGACGUGUCUACAUCCCUUGACAAGUACUUCGAAGAAGAACAGUAACAGUAUAAACAUUGAACCAUUAGUGCUCUAUCUAUCACAGAGCACUACACCUAUCCCGUCGAAUGCCAUUCCAUCAUUCUUAAGUUACUAGCACAAGAGCAACCAGUACAUUUAAAUCGUCCACCAUGUGUAAAUUUUGGAGUGGCUGUUAUGUUGUUCCAAGUGUAUUAUGCUAUUUAUGAGCUCAAAAGGAAAUGAAGGGAAUAACAGUGCAGAAUUGUCUUGUUUGUAAUUCUUCCUCACUACAAAAGGGCAAGUGAAUGGUUAAUCUUCAACAAAAACAGUUUUUUUAAGUGGUACACAGCAUAACCUACUAAUAUAGGCUCUGGCAUAACAAAAGAUCCUCCAAGCCCCUGUUAAUUUCCAAAGGCAGUCCUUUCACUAUGCUCUCUAGUAGCAAAAGCAUCUUCAGUGCAUAUCUGUAAACAGCCAUUACCUACUAAUAUAAACAGCCACUACUACUAAACUACUGAUUGGCUCUGGGAUUGAUUGUAACAUAGGGCAAUAAGAUAGCAAAAGAAUCCCCCCAAGCCCCCUGUUAACUUCAAAAGGCAGUCCUUUCACUGUGCUCUCGAGCAGCAGCAGCUCUUGCUAGUUAACUUCAGUGCAUCUGUUAACCCUGCGUCUCUGCCACGAGAAUAUUCCAACUCCUUGAUCAACCGACGGUUCUCCUCUUGUAAAACAACCACCUGAACAUUCAAACCAAGAACAUUGAUACAUCUAAAACAAUUUUUUAUAUGCAAGCACUUGUGACAGUUGAGGGUAACAUAAACCUCCUUAAUGGUAUCAAAGUACAAGCCUUUGUACGUCAAGUGCGCAGCAGAACUUCUCUUCUUCGCCCGCGAGGCUCUCGCAGCAUCCUGAUGUGCAAUCUUAACAACAAUCAUGACUGGUGAUAACCCAACUAAACUUGCAAAAAAGAAAAAUGGAUCCUUACUUGAGCCUGCAGUUCAGCCAUGGUCUUCUUUUGUCUCUUGCAAAUCUCCACAAGUCCUUCCCAACAAUCCCCAAUUCCAUUAGUCUCGAGCACAAGAUCUUCCUCCACCUCCUUGGCUCCUUCUUUCCCCACCACUGGGUGUUGAUCUUCUUCCGGCACU